GUGCAGAUUUCAUACGGUCCAAAAGAUUAACAAACAGAUCCGGUGAAUGCCUUGCGCAAAAAAGACAGGCAUUCCGGAUCAUAAUAUUUUUUAGUUGCAUUGAGUUUUAGUUUAUGAAAAUGCAUGACAAACUUCUGUUUUUUCUCUGCAUUUCUUUUUGUGUUCUCGUGUUUGUGCAAGGUGGUAUGGACUUCGGAUCCAUCUUGAAUAAUGCACUCGGUUUUGCUGAAGCACUUGGAACAUCCGGCUCUGGAGAGGUAGAUCGAGGUAGAGGUUGCACUAUCCACUGGAAAUUUAAUGGAAAAAUCAGUGGAUUGAAAUGGAAAUAUGCUGGAAAAUGUUCCGAUUCCUGCACGGGGUUGUCAGCUAAGUCCACAACUCACAGCAGGGAUGGGGCAAUUGAACAUUGCCUCCGAGAUUUGUUCGACAGACUGUCGGCUAGGAACGAAUUAUAAGUGAAAUUUUCUUGUGUUUUACAUCUAAACAAUACAAAACUUGAAUACUGUUUUAGAAGUUAAUCAUAUUGUUUUUGUACUGAACUAAUCUGAAGUUAAUAUAUAUUUUAAUGUUAUGUUAACAGGUAAACUCAAUUGUUAUAUGGCAAAAACAUAUAGAGAUGAUAUUCUUUUCAAAUGAAGAAAUUCUAUGAAAGAUUUCAUCAGCAUGAAAAUACAUGGUCCUAUACUGUAAAAUCACAUAUGUUCGUGGGGUCAUAUUUUCGGGUUUCCUCUGAAGAUUACGUCCAAUUGAUACAUUUGUAUGUACAUAUUUUAUGAAGUUAUAGCUUCUUUAAAUCUUCAGAAUAUUUUUACUAUAAUUGUAAUAUGUAAAAUCUCUUCACAGACUCUUUAUGUUGUUGGUUGAUGACAUAUGAUAGGGCUGCUUAUUUGAAAAUUUAUUGAUGACAAUUACUCACUUAAAAUUCAAUGAUAUCAACAA